UUGGAUCACGGCUAUUAAUGGGGUCCGCAUUCCGGAAGGAGAAACCCAUCACACAGACGGUGGUGCUGACGGCUCCUGUGGUAUACACUUCCGGUGAAGUUGAGUUUCCGCCGAGGCGGCCGGCCAAGCAGACGCUGUCAGGCGCAUAUAUUCAGGAUAAAAAUGCUCCUUUAUAUAUCCGGAAGUUGCAGACAUGGGCCUGGGAAAACGCCGAACAUCACCGAACAAAGAGGUUCCCCCUUACCAAGUCCGGGACCCUCGUAGUUCGCAGGGGCCAGCCCUUAAAGAUGACCUUGACAUUCAACAGACCCUACAACUCGCUCACCGAUGAACUCAAGUUUUACUUUGAAACUGGCGAACACCCGUUACCCGGCAACGACACAAUGGUAUGCCUGUCUUCUUACACGUCCCAGGGCUCCAGCGACUGGAAGUCCGACUUCCUGCCCGUCAUUGGCACCAAAAAUCAAGAUUGCCUGCAAGCCCAUUUAUGGAUCUUCACACCACCGGAUUGUAUUGUAUCAGACUGGAAAUUCUCACUACAAAGCAUUCUACGUACGGAGACAGAGACCGCGAUGGUCACGUAUGAACACCCGGAGAAGAUCUACAUUCUAUUCAAUCCAUGGUGUAAAGAUGACGCUGUGUAUCUUCCCGCAGAACCACUCUUAGACGAAUAUGUUAUGAAUUCCUCGGGCUUACUAUUCACAGGCUGCAGAAAGCGGAUUACUUAUAAGCCAUGGAUAUAUGGGCAGUUUGAGUCCGGGAUUCUGGAAGCAAGUCUUUACAUUAUUAAGAGAGGGUUCAACUUUAGAACAACACAAAGUAUGGGCGACCCUGUGUUAGUUACACGAGUGUUAUCUAACAUUGUCAACGCGGACGAAAACGGCGGUGUUCUUAAAGGUCUAUGGUCAACAAACGAUUUCCAAGAUGGCCGAUCUCCAACUACGUGGAGCGGAAGUGUCGCCAUCUUGAAACAGUAUCUCGAUAACGUCAUUUCCGCUAAAGGAGGUGACCCCGAACCAGUGAAAUAUGGACAGUGUUUCGUAUAUGCAGGAUUAGUCACUACAAUCUGUCGAGCUUUGGGUAUUCCGUGCCGCUGUGUGACCAACUACAACUCCGGGCGCGGGACGGACGGACGGUUGGCCAUCGAUUUCUACUACGAGAUGAAGGAGGAUGGGACUAUAGAUGAAAUAGAAUCAGAGGAAAAUGACGAUCUUGUUUGGACCUUCCAUGUGUGGAACGAUGUAUGGAUGCGCCGGACGGACGUCUCGCGGCCUUAUAACGAGGCGGACUGGCAGGCUCUGGACGCCACACCACAGCUUACAUGUACUAGCAGUGUACACAGCUGUGGACCAGCCCCGCUUCCGGCAAUAAAGAACUGUCAAACAGAAGUGCCCUAUGACGUCACUUCUUUGUUUGCGGAGGUCAACGCUGACGUCAUACACUGGCUAAAAGUGGAUAUGGGCAACUGGACUGUAUUUAAUAUGGAACCGUCAAGAGUGGGCAAUUCUAUUAGUUCAAAGACGCCAGAUGGCCGACCACCGCUGCUAUCAUAUAAAUAUAACCUUGCAGAGAUAAGCAGGGUACGGCAAGACGUCACGUCAGAUUACAAAUACAAAAAGGGGACAGAAAUGGAGAGACAAUUAGUAAAACGACCGGAGAGGAAACCGCGUCCAAUGCACAGAUGUCGAGCGAAGGACGUUGUAUUCAAACUUGAAAACAAGGAAUUUGAGUACAUCGGAGCAGACUUUUACGUCAAAGCGCACGUGACAAACACGAGUAGUGAGUCACGUGAUGUCCACGUGGUGCUGUCUUGCGAAGCUGUACAUUAUAAUGGCAGACGACAUUCCUUGUUCAAGAAACUUGAGUGGAAAUUGACGCUUGGGCCGACACAGGAGGAGCAGUUAAAACUGCCAAUCUAUGCGGACGACUAUAUUGGAAGACUUGCCGAACACACGUGCGCACGCCAGGUGGGGUAUUUUAGGUGUGAAGAUACCGACCAAAUUGCCGCCUGUGUGGAUGAAUUUCUAUUUGAAAAGCCACAUCUAGAGCUGUCGGUAGAAGAAACCGUCCACAAGAAUUCAAACUUUGAGCUGAAACUGCAGUUUAAGAAUCCGCUACACAAGCAGCUUACUGCAUGUGCUGUAAGCGUAGAAGGCGCCGGCUUGGAGUCGUCCGUCUUCAUAAGGAACUUCAAGAACGUUCCGGCCCUUUGUGAAUGGACGGGUGUUGUUAACCUACUACCAGUGCAGGGCAAGAGUCUCGCGAUAUCAGCAACAUUUCACUGCCAGCAGAUGUUUGACAUCGUCGGCUUUCUUUCUGUUAGGGUUGAGAAAGCCAUUGAAUUAAGUACAGACAAACCGAAAGUUAUUGAUCACGUGACAAACGUCAAUGACGUUGCUAUGUCGGACAGCUCGUCCCGUGUGACAUUUCAGGCGUAAUGCUCUGUAUAUUCGUACUCACGGAAAACAUUGGCAAUAUUAUAUUAUAUAAUGUUGUUUUUUUCUGGUUUAUUGCAUAAUUUUAUUAAUUAGGUGGAUAUUUUAUUUAUUAAGUAUUACG